AUGCAAGCCCAGCCGCACCACCCCCGCCUGAAUACCUACCGCUCCCCGAAGCAACGCGUGCUCGGGAACCCCGCCGCCCAGGUCGCGCCUGCGUGGCGGCCGAACGCGCGCAUCGCGUCCGGGUCCGCCCUCGAGAGCAGGAUCCUGCUCAGCCGGCUGCCCCCAGACGUGAACGAGCAGGAAGUCGAAAUGCUAUUCUCGAAGACUGUCGGGCCCGUGAAGGAGGUAGUGAUCGUGUACAACUCCCAAGCACGGUCGAGGGGCAUGGCCAUCGUGACCUUCACCCGGCCGGACGACGCGGUGCUCGCUCGGUCGAAGUACAACGGGAAGAUCGUGGACGGACGGAGGCCAAUCAAGAUCGAAAUCGUCCGGGAUGACAACGGCCCUAGUGGCACUGUGAGCGCACCCGCCGCUCCUCCGCCCGUCCCCACUCUCCUCUCCCGCAUUUCUCCUGCGCAACCCAACGGAGUCGCUGCUGUCCCGCAGGCAAACGGUCGCCAGAACGGCCGCCAGAACAAAGGGGCGCCGACAAACCAGCAGCAGCCAGCUCAGCGGCAGCCGGCUCAGCAGCAGGAGGAGACGAGGGUCCGGUUACGUACGAAGAAGGGCCCUCGGCGGCUCAACAAGCAGAACGUGCAACUGCAGGGGAAGCGGGCGCGGCCGAAGCGCAAGACGGCGGAGGAGCUCGACGCGGAGAUGGACAACUACCGGGCGCAGGACAACGCGGUCGCCGGCUGA